AUGACUGGUAAAGGGAGAGAGCACGCUGAUAUGAUGGUGAGAAGAACGCCGAAAGUAGUAAUAAUAGUAGCAGCAUCUGCAGGUUCAAACAUGUUCACCUAUGAAAUCGCCCCGGUGUUUGUGCUGAUGGAACAGCUCACGCUGAAGAAAAUGAGAGAGAUGAUUGUGCCAGGAGGCGAGGGGGACGGCCUCUUCUCACCAGGGGGAGCCAUCUCCAACAUGUACAGUGUUAUGAUCGCACGUUACAAGUAUUUUCCAGAGGUCAAGACCAAGGGCAUGUCUGCUGCUCCCCGCCUUGUCCUUUUCACAUCUGAACAUAGCCACUACUCCAUUAAGAAGGCUGGGGCUGCUCAGGGAUUCGGCACGGAGAAUGUGAUUCUGCUGAGCACAGAUGAAAGAGGGAGAGAUCCUGCAGACCUGGAGGCCAAGAUCAUUGAUGCUAAACAGAAGGGUUAUGUGCCCUUGUUUGUGAACGCAACCGCUGGUUCCACUGUCUACGGAGCGUUCGACCCCAUCAAUGAAAUUGCUGACAUCUGUGAGAAGUACAACCUGUGGCUCCAUGUUGAUGGAGCUUGGGGAGGUGGACUACUGAUGUCCAGGAAGCAUCGCCAUAAGCUCAGCGGAGUUGAAAGGGCAAACUCUGUGACAUGGAACCCUCACAAGAUGAUGGGAGUACCACUACAGUGCUCCGCCAUUCUGGUCAGAGAGAAGGGUAUUCUGGCGGGCUGUAACUCCAUGUGUGCAGGCUACCUGUUCCAGCCAGACAAACAGUAUGAUGUCACCUAUGACACUGGGGACAAGGCCAUCCAGUGUGGCCGACAUGUUGACAUCUUCAAGUUCUGGCUCAUGUGGAAGGCCAAGGGUACCGUAGGGUUUGAGCAGCACAUUGACAAGUGUUUGGACCUGUCCCAGUACCUGUACAACAAGAUCAAGAACAGAGAGGGAUAUGAGAUGGUGUUCAACGGGGUGCCCCAGCACACCAAUGUUUGCUUCUGGUACAUCCCGCCCAGCCUGAGAGGAAUGCCAGACGGUGAGGAGAGACGAGAGAAGCUUCACAGGGUGGCGCCAAAAAUCAAGGCGAGGAUGAUGGAGUCAGGGACCACCAUGGUGGGCUACCAGCCUCAGGGUGAGAACGUGAACUUCUUCCGCAUGGUCAUCUCCAACCCUGCUGCCACCCAGUCCGACAUUGACUUCCUCAUUGAUGAGAUCGAAAGGCUGGGUCAUGACCUGUAA